CGCCGCCGCCGCCGCCGCUGCAGGUAAACAUGAUGAAGACCGAGGCUUCUUCAGGCGAGAGAUCGACCCUCCGGAGCGCCUCUCCGCACCGCAACGCUUACAGGACCGAGUUUCAGGCUCUGAAGAGCACCUUCGACAAACCCACCGCCUCCUGCUCGGGCAGCGGUGCCGGCAGCUGCGGGGCAGGCCCGGACUGCAGGGGCAAAGGAGGGUCCGAGAAAGCGCCUCAGGAGCAGCAGCAGCAGCAGCAGCAACAGCAACAACAGACCCGGGGCAGGAAAUAUGGCUCCAAUGUCAACCGAAUCAAAAACAUGCUCUUUAUGCAGAUGGGGAUGGGGCCCGGCGAUAACAACGGGGUCGCUCCGAAAACCAAAGCCCGAGGGGCUGCCGUCUCCCCGCAGAGGAGAGUCCGCUCCCGCGACUCUCUCGAUGCUGCAGCAGCAGCAGCAGCAGCUCCGGUGAAGCCAGACUGCACCGUGACCGAACGGGUCGUCGCCCGCUUGGACUCGCCCGUCCAGGAGGGACAGUCCUACUCCAAAUUUUCCGAGACUCGCAAAAUGUUCGAGCAGAGCAUCCGCGAGCCGCUGCCCCUGUCACACCAGCUUUCGCCCAGGAAGGAGAGGAAAGCGUCCCAGGAGCAGCUGCUGGAAGAGCUGAAGGGGAUCGAGAGCUCCGGUUGCAGCAGAGGCAGCACCGAGUCCUUGGACAGCACCAGCCCCAGGACGGAGACCGUUUCUCCUACAGUCAGUCAGCUCAGCGCCGUGUUUGAAAACACCGAGCAGCAGAAUCUGCUCAUUGAAAAGGUUGGAGAGACUGAACAGUAUUUUGUAACCGGUAAUUUCCCCGUUACCCCGACCGUUUCACCUACCGCUGACCAAGAGCAGCAGCCCGACUCCAAAACCUCCUCUGUCCAAGAUCGCUGCGGGAUUUAUUUUGAACAGCAGGAAGCGGCUUUUCUCGGGCUAAGUGACACCCAGCAAAUAGUUGCAAAUGACACGGCGGCAGUUCCUUCAGGAACCUUAGAGACAUGUGUUCCUUCUACGUUAAACAGUCCUGUGGAGAUCAGGCACAUUAAGCCCAUUGUCCACGAAGGGGCAGACGAUCGAGACCAGACCGAACAAGGAGGGAGGAGGGAAGGAGGGACUGCAGAGGAUCCGUGUGAUACUGAACCUGCUGCAUAUGGCCAACCACCCGAUACAGUUUCACAUCAUUCAAAAGGCAGUACUGCUUUAGCUGAAGUACUGUCCGGUAAGCGAGAUUCAACAGCAAGUGAAAACUCCUCAGAGGAAAGCACCCCCGAGUAUUCAGGGACUCCAGCGACAAAUCUAUCAGCUGCGAAAGACAACGAAAAGGAACCCAAUAAGGAAUAUACAAAAACUGAAGCUAAAAUUCUGAACGAGGAUAAUGAGGGCUACAGUGUUGAAUCCGGGGUUGAUGCUGGUUGGGAACAGACUUACGAGGACUCAGAAGAACAAGACGAUAGCGAUGAUAAUUUUUAUGAACCAGUUGUGGAGUGUACAGAAGUAACAGGCUUGUCCGAUGAAGAAAACAUUCCUGUUAACAGGAAGAUUAAAUUCAGCACAGCCCCCAUAAAAGUAUUCCACACAUACUCUAAUGAAGCCUAUGAUAGGAGAAAUGAUGAAGUGGAUCCGGUUGCAGCGUCUGCAGAAUAUGAACUGGAAAAACGUGUAGAAAGGCUGGACCUUUUUCCUGUUGACCUCGAGAAAGAUGAGGAUGGUCUCGGCAUCAGUAUUAUAGGAAUGGGAGUUGGAGCAGAUGCAGGACUAGAAAAACUCGGAAUUUUUGUCAAGACUGUUACUGAGGGAGGAGCUGCUCAGAGGGAUGGAAGGAUAAUAGUGAAUGACCAGAUUGUGGAAGUGGACGGAAUCAGUCUGGUGGGAGUGACCCAAAGCUUCGCUGCCACUGUCCUGAGAACAACCAAAGGCAAAGUUAGGUUCUUGAUUGGACGAGAGAAACCUGGCCAGAGCAGUGAAGUCGCUCAAUUGAUCAGUCAGACUCUAGAGCAGGAGCGACGUCAAAGAGAGCUACUAGAACAGCACUACGCUCAGUACGACGCAGAUGAUGAUGAGAACACUGAGCAUGAUUUUCGUGGAGCAACAAACAACAGCAACAAUAACAACAAUUGUUCCUUUAAGACAGGAGAAUAUGCCACUGAUGAGGAAGAAGAAGAAAUUGGUCCAGUUCUCACAGGUGGUGAAAUGGCGAUUGAAGUGUUUGACCUGCCUGAAACCGAUGACAUGUUUUCUCCUACAGAGGUGGACACCAACAAGAUUGCUCACAAAUUCAAAGAGCUACAGAUCAAACAUGCUGUCACUGAAGCAGAAAUUCAAAAAUUGAAAACUAAGCUCCAAUUAACAGAGAAUGAGAGGAGUCAGUGGGAACUGGAAAAGACGCAACUCCAACAGAACAUUGAAGAAAACAAAGAAAGAAUGCUAAAAUUGGAAAGCUAUUGGAUUGAGGCGCAGACACUAUGUCACACUGUCAAUGAACAUCUGAAAGAGACACAGAGUCAGUACCAAACCUUGGAGAAGAAAUACAACAAAGCCAAGAAAUUGAUUAAAGAUUAUCAGCAGAAGGAAAUUGAAUUUGUCAAGCGCCAGGAUACUGACAGAAAGAAAUUUGAAGAAAUUGAAAAUGUUCAUGCAGCAGAAGUUAAGAAACUUCAAAGCAGGGUUGCAGAACUGGAAAUUGAACUCCAAAAACUAACUAGGACUAAUGGGACUCAGAUGAAUAACAACAACAACAUCUUUGGAGGGGAGCAGGACAGGAGAUCAUCCUUCGUGGAUACAAAGAGAGGAGCCCCGUCUGAAGCAAUCGAUGGCUUGCCGAGAAUGCAGCAGACUUACCUAGAUGGUUCGGUUCAAGAAGGUGUUGAAACAUCAGCCAUGAAGACAGGCGACGCAGAUGAGGUUUUUGAUUUUAAUGAGGCAGUGCCUGAGACAGAAAGACUGGACAGCAAAGUGCUGAAGGCUCGAGUUCAGCUCUCAGGCAAAUCGAAGAGACAUCGGCCCUCCAGGUCAAGGCUGCACGACAGUGUUAGUUCAACGGAUGGGGAUGACAGUCUUGAGCGCAAGGCUUCAGACAGUUAUGGAAGUCCCGUGCAAAUUGCCAGAUCUCCCCUCCCAUUGUCACUGAGAACAUGCUCACCAGCGUCCGAUUCUGGGGCCUCUUCAUUAUCUCCAGUUGCUAGCAAUACAGUCUUCACGUUUGAUAAUGCCGUGGGAAGCCGGGAAGAAGCUGCCCAGCAUGUCUUGAGAGGAAAAGAGCAGUCUUCUCAAACCCCAACCUCAUCACCUUCAAAAUCUUGCAAGGAUGCUGAAAUCUCUCCACUGCAUCAAGUAGACAAACAAUUUAAAGCAAAAAGUCCUCAAGAAGAUAGCAAAAGUGUCAAUUCUCCAAAGGAAACCAGUCCUCCUCUCCAGAAAGAAAACAUAAAGCGAAAAUUUGAUGAUUUGGGAGUUACCCCACGAAGAACAUCCAGUAAAGGAAAAAAAGAAAAGGAGAAAGAAAAAGAAACAAAUAGGCUCUCCUCAGGAAGCAGGAUCUCCAAGGAAACACUGGAAAGCUCAGCCAGCAACACCUCCAUAGAAGCAUCUUCAUCCAUCCCACCCUGUGUACCUUUUUCCUGGUUUGGAGAAAGCACUAAAGGAUCCAACUCUUCUAGUAAUCUGCCAUCUCCCUGUAGCUCAACUGAACCUUCUUCGGAGAGCCUAAGUCCAGACAAACUAAGGUCGAAGAACUUCACCAACAUUGAUGACUUUAGCCCCAGUAGCACAAGUUCUGCUGACCUGAGUGGAUUGGUUGUAGAACCAAAAUCUACAGGGCGCUCCCACAUGUUGGUACUCUCCUCUGACGAGAGCCUGGAUAUGAUAGAUGAUGAGAUCCUUGAUGAAGGGCAGUCGCCUAAACACAAUCAGUGGCAGAAUCGUGCUGUUCUGGAGUGGAGCCCUCAGCAGGUUUCUCACUGGCUGAUGGGACUAAACAUGGAACAGUAUAUUCCAGAAUUUGCUGCCAAAAACAUUGAUGGAGAACAGUUGCUGCAGCUGGAUGGAAGCAAACUGAAGGCUUUGGGAGUUAUUGUGUCUCAGGAUCGAGCUGCCAUAAAAAAGAGACUGAAGGACCUGAAGGCAUCAAUUGAGAAAGCACGUAAAGUUCAAGAGAAGCUAGAGAAACAAAAGGAAAAGCUGAAAAAGAAGGAACAGGAACAACUUGUGAAACAGAAUAGAAAACCAAGCAAGACAUUUGCAGCUGCAGAGCCAGAGACCGAAUAAGACUGGUGGAAAUUCUGCAUUAUUAAAGAGGAAUAAGAGCAUUUUAAUAUUAAAAAAAAUGCAGUGUCCUCUGUUACUAGGUUCUAUUAAAUUGUACUGGUCUUGAGAAAGAAGCACCUCAAAUCUCAAAUGCUCCAAAAAUCUCAUAAUUAGUGGUGUUCCUCAGAUAGUCAAUCAGCAAAGGUUAGCUAGUUAGUACUAGCUAACAUCAGUGGCAUUUCUAUACUACUGUUUGUUUACCAUUAUAUAUACAAUGUCAUCUGCGGAAGACUCAUUUUAUGUUGCUCUUGUAACUCUCUGUUCAUUAGCACCAAGCUGAGUGAAGCCUAGUAGAAGGGUCUUCAAAUGUUUGAAUAGGUCAGAAAUCAUGAACUGUUUUCUGAUCAUUUAAAGAGUGAAGGAGCUACAGUUGUCUGUCUUAAAAGAAACAAAGUACAGUCAUCUUUCUGCUCAAAUUUUUAGUAAAAAUAAAAUUUAAAGUCAACUAUCAAGGCCAAACAAAUUUAACGUCCAUUUUGAAUUCCUUUUCUAAAAUAAGCAUUAGGGGUGUAGUUACCCUUUGCCACUUUUUUCCAGAAUCUUUUUGUACAAAAAUCUUUUCCAGCGUAAAUGUAAAUAUUGUUGGGUUUGGGGGAUAUUUCAUGUUAGAAACACACAAGACUACUGUUCAAAGGUCAUUUUGUUUGAGAAUUUAAAUUUUAUGAUUUCACUGGAAUGUAGCAUUUCUUUAUUUUAUGAUAAAAUGCACAUGUCUGCAUCAAUCAUUUCAUUAUAGGCACAUUUUGCAAAUCAAAAGCUAUAAAAUAUAAUUAAAAGGACCUAAAAUAAGCAACUGUCAAGCCCUCCCUGUUGCACUAACUUGGACUAAACUCCUGAACAACUUCCUGGCAGGAAGCAGUUUCCGAGUAAUAGUUCUUGCAAUACGACUAUGGCAAAUAGAGGAUGUACAAUACCUAAGAGAGAAUAUACAGUUUAUUCCACAAGUGAGAAAACUUUCU